CACUAAAGAAGUAUCGUCGUCGUCGUCAUCAUCAUCAUCAUAUAUUCCUCUUGUAAUAAAUAUCUCAGCAAGAUGGAGGCGACGGUGAAGAGGAUGAAGAUUAAUACGGCGGCGUUGGUGGUGGCGGUGGCGGUGGCUGUUUUAUUUGUGGGAGGAUCAAGAGGGUUGAGUCUGUGUAACAUGAAUGAUGAAGGAAUAGAAGCUUGCAAGCCAUCAGUGAUUGAACCAAACCCAGUGGAUCCAUCCGCUGAGUGUUGUAAGGCAAUUUCUGGGGCUGAUUUGCAAUGCCUUUGCUCUUACAAGAACUCACCUGAGUUACCUCUUUUUGGGAUUGAUCCUAAUCUCGCCCUCUCUCUUCCUGCUAAGUGCAAUCUCACUCUUCCUUCCAAUUGCUGAGUCUGAUCAGUGUUUGUGAUUGUACUUGUGAUACUGUGUGUGAUGAUACUAUUCUGUUUCUAAAGAUUUAUGUAAACAUCAUUAUUAGUUGCCAGUGUGUCCGCUUAUGGAUUGCUCAAUAAUGCAUAGAGUUUUGUGAGGUA